AUGCAUGCCGCGCUUGGGUUUCUGCACCGCUGCCUGCUGCUGCGUCGUACGGGGAGGUCUGCCUUAAUCGCGCCCAGUGCGGCGGCGGCGGCGGCAGCAGCAGCGGCGUCGUCGGCGCGUGCGGUGCGUCACCACAUCACUUCCUUUCACGGUCCGCCGCUUGAAUUCAUGCGUGAGGUGAACGGGGAGGGGGCGGCGUUGGUGUACUUCUACACGCCCUGCUGUGAGCCGUGCAAACGCGCCAAGGUCAAACUGCAGGCGUUGCUGGACACAGAGGGGUGCCACAAGGCGCGAGGGCGCUCUGAGGCCGCGUCGUCGUCGCCGUCACCCUCCACUGAGGCGGCGGCGAGCGGGACGUCGAAGCCAGAGGCGAUGACUGACGCCGAGCCACGCGCAGACCCGGACGUGGUGCUGAGUAGCGCGAGUGAGUUGUGUCAGCAGGCGCGCGUGGGCGGCAGGGCGGUGCGCAUCAUCCCCGUCAACACCGACGAGAACCCAAAGUUGGGGGCCCUGCACGACAUCCGCAGUGUCCCAACGUUUGUGACGUACCGCGACGGGCACAUCGUGGGGCGUGUCGAGGGCUCCAGCGACGAGCAAAUUCAGCAGCUCGUGAGGGAGCUGCUGCAGGAGGACGGCGGCGGUGACACGACGGUGCGGAUGCGGGAAACACGAGAGGGUGAGCCAACGAAGAAACCGACACAAAAGUAA